AUGAUUAAAUGUUAUUCCUGCAAUGAUUAUGAUAUUGAUAUAAUGACUUCUAUGGAUGAUUCAAAGCGUUCUUUAGUAGUUAUGGCUGAUUCAAGAGUUCGCAAGAAUGCAACAGAACCAAUCAAUACAUACUCAUUCAUUCGUGGAAGUUAUGAUUCAACAUUAACCAGAACAGUGAAUGAUAUAUUAAAUGAUUUGAAUAUUAAGGUAAGAGUUGAACAGAAGAACGAAGAAAUAAAGACUAUCAUGAAUGAAAACAAAGAUGUAAACAUUGACGAUAAACUUGCCCAGAGCAUAGUUGAUGGCAUCAGUGAUUUUGAAGUACACAAUGACGGUGGAAACAUGAAUUUAGAAAAAGAAGUUACAUUAUUCACACUGUUUCAAGCAAUUAAUUCGUUACCUAAUCAUUUAAUUAAUGAAGCAUACGAUAACGUUUAUAACUUCUGCAAUUUAACUGAAAAUGCAAAAAGUAAUUUUGAAAAAGCACGUAGUAGAUAUGCACAUUUAAUGACUUCUCCAUUUGUUUUAGUGAAGAUUCUAAAACUUUAUCAAAAGGAAUAUUAUGAUGAAUAUGUUUUACCUUUAUUACGUAAGCCAAAAAUAACAUUUGAUAUAAAACUUGAUGACUCGUUUUUGAUAACAGAUAUUAGACGCAAGGCUGAAAAUCAUCAGUAUAAAAACAGUUCUGAAGUAAUUGAGGAUUUAUCACGUGUAAUCCGUUUUGUAGAUUGUGGAAAUAAAUAUUUCAUUCAAAAGGACUAUAAUAUCCACGACAAAAUGAAUCAAAUAUCAUUCGUUCUUCAAUCAAACAUGAAAGAGUCACUUAAAAUGAUUAAAUUAUUUAAAGAAGAAGGUAAAACAAUAACAGCAUGGGACGUACUACUAAAUCAAUUAUCCUCAUUAACCAUUAAGGGUGUUUGCUUUAAAUCUGAUUCUCCAGAUGUUUUCUCAACGUUUCAAGGUUAUAAAUACAACAUUCUCGAAAAGCCUGAUUACUCAAAUAUUGAAAUGUUUAUGAAUUUCAUUAAAGAAGCCAUUUGUGAUAAUAACCUUGAAGUGUAUAAAUACCUUCUCGGCUGGAUUGCAUCAAUAAUUCAACAUCCUGGAAUCAAGAAUGAAACAGCAAUUAUUUUGAAAGGACUUCAGGGAACAG